AUAUCUGUUUGAACUUUGAACGCGUGUUCGUCUUUGAUCGUCUCUUCCCGCUGUAAAAUUUUUACUGUUUGAAGCGUGUUCUGUCGUUCUGUCUUGGCUAUUGCUGGAGUCAUACGUAUUAUUUACAGAAGAUUUUGUUACGGAUAUUGUCGCUUGAUUUUAAACUUCAUAAAUGAAAGCAAACCGAGCACAGUAUAGGAAGAACUGGACUGCUGCAGCUCGUAGUUUAAAACGUACUAGUGCUCCCAUUCCAGUUGAAGUUGAUGAUACUGAAUUAUUUGAACUACCUUUUGAUUCAGCACCCCCGAACCAUGACACUGUAACUGUGUCAGAUGAUCAUGACCAGCAGCCUGUUAAACGUAUCUGCACCUCUGUUGUGGAAAAUCACUUAAGCAAUCAUGAUAGGUUAAAUUUGGAUGAGACUUGGCAUGAUAACUCUAUUUCUUCAUCAGAUUCGGAGAAUGAUAAUUUGUUAGAUGAUUCUCUUGCUGAAGGCUUAACCAAUUGGGCUAAUAGGUUUAUGAUAAAACAUAAUGCACUUGAUGGUCUUCUUUCUGUGUUGAAAGAGAAUGGGCAUCCAAACUUGCCUCUUACUGCUCGUGCCUUGCUGCACACAUCCAGAAAUAUCACCAUUCAGGAAAAGUCUGGAAUGGAAUAUGUUUAUUUUCCCCUUGCUAAUCAAUUGUUGAAACACUUUAAGAAAUAUCCUUCAGACAUAAUUGCUAGGACUAAUUCUCUUGAAAUUUCUUUGAAUGUUGAUGGUCUUCCAUUAUUUAAGAGUUCAAGGAAGUGUUUAUGGCCAGUAUUAUGUGCCAUUGUAAAUAUCACACCUGUAGUUGUUUUCCCAGUGGUUUUAACCUGUGGUAAUUCCAAACCAGUUGAUUUGGAUUUUUUGGAUGACCUAAUUGGAGAUUUGAAUAAUCUUCUACAGAAUGGGCUCCAAGACGGUGAAACUGUUCUUUCAGUUUGUUUAAGAUGUGUAGUUUGUGAUGCUCCCGCUAGAGCCCUUGUAAAAGGCACAAAGUUGUGUUCUGGCUAUUUUGGGUGUGAUAAAUGUGCACAGAAGGGCAUAUGGGUUGGUCGUGUACUCUCUGAUUAG